AUGGCUGCCUCGCCGGCGGCCUCGUCUCGCCGCAGCGCGGCAUCAUCAUCGGCAUCGCUCAAGCGCUCCGAUGACCAUCAACCCAAGUCCCCGACCAUUUCCGUCGAUACCCUCGUAAACCAUUUACUCGUUGCCAAGCGCUCCUUGUCCUCCAUGAAUCAUGUGCUGCGUGCCAACGAGCUUGCGACCGAGGCGCGACACUCUCACGAGGAGAUGCUGCUGCUGGCGGCGCAAACCGCUUUCGUCGGCAACUAUCUUCGCGAUCAAAAUGCCAUCCUGGUGCGCAUCAGGAGAAGCCUUCAGACCACCUAUGAAUGGGGCAAACGAGACUUCAAGAAGCUUAUCAAGGCCAUGGAUGACGUUGACGGUGCUUUGACGGGUACCAUGGACAUGCUUCGAGACACACAUGUGCAGACCCUCCUACAACCAAGCGAUAGAGAACGGAAGAGUUUGUUAGAUUUUGUCGAUGAAUCUAGCGUCCAUGGCAUGCGAGAGGUCAUGAAGAAGAGCAUACAGGACUUGCAGACUAUCCAACAAUCAUUCGACGGCGAUCUGCUCCGCCUCGAAACCGAUAUCCGAAAUCUAGGACAGCGCAUAAACGAAUCCUACCCCCAGAAACCGGGCGACGAUGCACAUCUUACUCCCGUGGUACUGUUGCAGAGUCUCGACGAUCACUCGUCAACCAUGGCACAGCUGUUGGCGUCGCUAACUAAGCACUUUGACAUGUGCGUCACCGCGAUUCGCACAACCGAAGGUGCAGCGGCCCUCGCACGCAGGAAGGCUGCCGAGGUCACGCAGUCACAAAGCAGUGACGGAGUGUCGAUAUCUGGCGUCAUUGCCGAGCAAGAGUCGCACAUGUCUGACCUCGAACCCAAGACGGCAGAAGACCGAGCGGAAAUGCUCAAGGUAGUUGUACAAGACGCAGACGAGGUUGAAGACGUUGUACGAGAGAUUCAAGAGCGCCUCGCGGCCAUGGAGCAAGAAUACACUUCAUUACAAGAGCAUGUAGACCAUUCAAAGGAGUCUUAUUUUGGUAUAAUUUCAGCGUUUGCAUUAGUUGGACAGAUUGGCGAUCGCAUCGACGACUACGUCGCCGCAGAGGAAGAUUUCAGACUGCGGUGGGAGCUGGAGAAGGAAGCCGUUUUUGGAAAGGUCAGAGAGAUGAACGAAAUGAGAGAUUUCUACGAGGGGUAUGCAAGUGCCUACGGCAGUCUUGUCCUAGAAGUCGAAAGACGGCGGGCCGUCGACGAGCGAGUCCAGGGCAUCUGGCGCAAGGCCCAGGAUUCGGUGGACAAGAUACUCGAGGCGGACCGCGUGUCCAGAGAAGCCUUUCGACAGGAUGUCGGCGAGUAUCUGCCCGCCGACUUGUGGGCAGGCAUGCAGGGCCCUGCCCAGAAGUGGACAGUUGUUCGCAUCAAUGAUGAUGAUUCGGCGGCCGCCAGCAUGUUAAUAAAUGGGUUGAGUCUCGCAAGUCGCAGACUGCUGCUGACUCCUGGAUCUUCACGGUCUGCAUCAGAAGUUCAGAACCAACACCACACCAGCUACAUCACCACUUGUCGAGCCAGCAUGCGGCUUCGUGACGACCUCAUCCUCGGCCUAUCUGCCCUCGCCACGGCAGGCGCUGCUGCUCCCGAGUUCGACUGGGAUUCCAUCAGCCCGUCCACAGACCUCCGGUACCAUGACUGCUACGCCGCCUUCAAAUGCGCCCGGCUCAAGCUCCCCCUCGACUGGAAAAACAGUACCGACCUACGAACCGUCGCCAUUGCCGUCAUCAAGCUCCCUGCCAAGGUACCCGAUCAUGACCCUGCUUUUGGCGGGCCCAUCUUCACCAAUCCCGGCGGGCCAGGCGGUUCAGGUGUAAGCUUUGUCGUUGAAUACGGCCAUUUUCUGCGGGACUACGUCGACAGCCCCGGCAAGAAGCAUUACGACAUAGUUUCCUUUGAUCCUCGUGGGAUUGGGAAUAGCAGGCCCCUGGCCAACUGUUUCCCCGGCGCUGCUCUUGCCAGGGAUGCGUGGAUGCUUGAGACGAGAGGCAACGGGGGGUUGAAUAAAAGCCCAGCGGCAAUCUCCUACGGAUUGGCCCUGUAUGAUGGAUACGGAAGGAGAUGCGAGAAGGCUGACGCCGAGGGUCUGAACGGGGGCGAGAUUUUCAAGUAUCUGGGGACGCCGUCCGUCGCCAGAGACAUGGUUGCCAUGGUGGACAGCAUUGACGAGCUGAGGAAGACAGAAGCGGCUCGUGAUGGGCCCGCGGAACUGAAGAAGAGGAACGAAGGGGAUGUUCCGAGACUGCAGUACAUGGGGUUUUCGUACGGCACCAUUCUCGGAAACUACUUUGCUUCGCUGUUCCCGGGGCGCAUCGGACGAAUUGUGCUCGACGGAGUCUGCAACGCCGACGACUAUGCCACCGGCCCCGGCUGGCUGACAAACACUGUCGAUUCCGACGCCAUCGUUGACAAAUUCUUUGACGGGUGUUUCCACGCCGGUCCCCAGGUCUGCCGUCUCGCCCGUCCCCAAGACAAAUCCGCCUCAGACCUGCGCACCCGAUUCUGGUCAUGGGUCAAACAGCUCGACGAGGCACCCGUGGCCGGCGUCGGCCCCCAGGGCAGCUCCAUCAUCCUGACGGGCGCGGACAUCCGCCUGGUCCUCGCCUCGGCGGCCUACACGCCCCUCAAAUCCUUCAUCCAGGUCGCCGAGCUCCUUGACAACGCCAUGGUCCACGGGACCUACGACCCCAUCCUGGCCAUGAUCGAGUCCGGGCUCGGCGCGCCCCUCCAAGACGCGUGUCCCGUCGCCAACCAGACGGCCAAGCCCAACGCGGGCUCCGACCCCCAGACGGCGGUCCUCUGCGGCGACGGCGAAGACAUCCGCGGCAGGAAGCCGUCCUGGUGGGCGCGCUACGUCGACAAGCAGUUCGCCCAGUCGGCCGUAUUCGGCGGCCUCUGGUCCACCGUCCGCUUCCCCUGCUCCGGAUGGCGCUUCAAGCCCAACUGGUCCUUCCACGGGCCCUUUACCUCCCCGGAGCCCGCCCGCGACCGCGAGCAGCCGCAACGGGGCCAGCCCGCCGCGCCGAUCAUGUUCCUGACCAACAGGCUGGAUCCCGUCACGCCGCUGGCGGCUGCGCGGGCCAUGGCCAGGAAGCACCCGCGCGCCAGGGUGGUUGUGCAGGAAGCCAUGGGGCAUUGUGCCGCCGUCUCGGCGUACAGCGAGUGCACGAGGGGCAUCGUCGCCAGGUACUUUGACACGGGGAAGUUGCCGGACGGGGAGGCCGUUUGCGAGGCCGAGUGUGGCCCUUGGGACGAGGGCUGCGCGAGGACGAUGUUGAAGUCGAGUGGUGAGGAUGCGGGCGAGGCCUGGCUGGCGAGGAGGUUCCCUCUGGGGGUGUAG